AUGUCAGCCCCGCAACGUGGCCGUGGUGGCCGGGGUCGAGGAGACAGCAACCGUGGAGGCUCUUCCAAUCGCGGUGACUUCUCCGGCAGCCGUGGCGGCGGCGCUCCAAGAGGAGGUGGCCACAGCGAUGGAGGUGGCCCUUCAUCCCGAGGUGAUCGUGGUGGUGGCUCUUUCCGGGGCGAUCGCGGCGGUUCCUUUCGAGGUGACCGUGGUGCUGACUCUUAUCGAGGCGACCGUGGUGGCUCCCAGAGCGACAGAGGUCGAGGUGGUGGUGGACGUGGAGGACGAGGAGGUCUUCGACUCCCAAUUCACUCUGCACCAAGCUUUCCCAACAACAGCAUUUUCCCGUAA